AUGUGGCGCCGGCUGCAAACACUUUUCCAAAGGAAAUUUAAAAUCGGUCUUCUCUUUCUUCUGCUCUUGGCCCUCCUCGUGCACCUGGUGAUGGAUUUUGCUUUCCCUGCAGCCCACAAGCCCUGCAACUGCGAUACAAAAGCACCAAAAGUCACAGGUCUCCCAUCAGGCAGCCCCAUGCUGUCCGGCCUCAAAAAGCUGAGCCUGCGAAUCCUUCAGGAUUUCGGUGGCAGCAACAGCUCCUUGAAAAAACCCUCUCAGAUACAGGGAGCAGGGCUGCACACAAGGACUGGAGAGCUGUGGGUCCAGCACCAUCAGGAAGGCGGCAAUGCGGGAUGGACCAAGGAAUCAAAGCUGGCGGCACUUUUUGAGCAUCCUCUUUACAACAUUCCAAUCCCAGAGGUGACAGAGAAAGAUAAACUGUUUGUCAUCAACCCCAUGGAGAAAUUCAGCCUGCGCAGCAGCAGGAGUGACGAAUGGGUCAGCAGCAGUAAAGCCGAGACGCUCCUCCCGACAGGGAAGACGGCCUAUGACACCUACCCCACCUGGCUCAAAUUCCAUGUUGGCAUCAACCGCUAUGAGCUGUACCCCCGCUGGGACCCCCUGUUGCCCACACUCCUCCAGGACUUGGCCACACAGAGGAUCAUCAGCUCAGUCCAGAAGUCUGGCGGGACCCAGCUCAAGCUCAUCAUGACGUUCCCAAAUUACGGGCAGGCCCUCUUCAAGCCCAUGAAGCAGACCCGGGACCAGGAGACCCCCGUUGAUUUCUUCUACUUCUCGGACUUUGAGCGGCACAACGCAGAGAUUGCAGCCUUCCACCUGGACAGGAUCCUGGAUUUCCGGCGAAUCCCCCCAGUUUCUGGCCGUUUGGUGAAUAUAACAAAGGAGAUUCGUGACAUCACCACAGACAAGAAACUGGCUAAGACUUUCUUCAUCUCCCCAGCGGGUAACAUCUGCUUCUAUGGGGAGUGCUCCUACUACUGCUCCACCGAGCACGCCCUCUGUGGCAAGCCGGACCGGCUGGAGGGCUCCAUGGCUGCCCUGCUCCCUGACAAGACCUUGGCCAAGCGCCGCUCCUGGCGCAGCCCCUGGCGCCGCUCCUACCACAAGAGCAAGAAAGCUGAGUGGGAGCUGAACCCCAACUACUGCGCUCGGGUGCGAGAGACGCCACCCUACGACAGGGGACAUCGCCUCCUUGACCUCAUUGACAUGACGAUCCUCGAUUUCCUUAUGGGCAACAUGGACCGGCACCACUACGAGACCUUUGAAAAAUUUGGGAAUGACACUUUCCUGCUCCACCUGGACAAUGGCCGCGGCUUUGGCACACACUCGCGUGAUGAACUGUCCAUCCUGGCCCCCCUCCAGCAAUGCUGCAGCAUCAAGAAGUCAACCUACCUGCGUCUGCAGCUGCUGGCCACCCAGCCCUACCGCCUGAGCGACCUGCUGCGGGAGGCGCUGGCCACAGAUCCACUGGCCCCCGUCCUGGCUGAGCCCCACCUGCGGGCGCUGGACCGUCGCCUGGGGAAGGUGCUGGUGGAGGUGGGACACUGCCUGGCCAGGGCAGCCCACCCGGAUGAGGUGCUGGUGGAUGAUGUGGGGUCAUGGGUGUGA